AUGGCGGCCUCGGCCCUGUAUGCCUGCACCAAGUGUACCCAGCGCUAUCCCUUCGAGGAGCUCUCCCAGGGGCAGCAGCUAUGCAAGGAAUGUCGGAUUGCACAUCCUAUUGUAAAAUGUACUUACUGCAGAUCAGAAUUUCAACAAGAGAGCAAAACUAAUACAAUUUGUAAGAAAUGUGCUCAAAAUGUGAAGCAGUUUGGCACACCCAAACCUUGUCAGUACUGUAACAUAAUUGCAGCAUUUAUUGGCACCAAGUGUCAGCGUUGUACAAAUUCAGAAAAAAAAUAUGGACCACCUCAGACUUGUGAACAGUGCAAACAACAAUGUGCUUUUGAUCGGAAAGAAGAAGGACGAAGAAAGGUUGAUGGGAAGUUAUUGUGCUGGCUGUGUACUUUAUCAUACAAGAGAGUUUUACAAAAGACAAAGGAACAAAGGAAGACCCUAGGAUCUUCACAUUCAAAUUCAUCUUCUUCAUCUCUUACUGAAAAAGACCAGCAUCAUUCCAAACAUCAUCACCACCAUCAUCACCAUCACCAUCGUCACAGCAGUAGCCAUCACAAAAUCAGCAAUUUGAGCCCAGAACAAGAGCAAGGACUGUGGAAGCAAAGCCAUAAAUCCUCUGCAGCAAUUCAGAAUGAAACUCCAAAGAAAAAGCCCAAAUUGGAAUCUAAGCCAUCUAAUGGAGAUAGUAGCUCUAUAAAUCAGUCAGCAGAUAGUGGGGGAACAGACAAUUUUGUCCUUAUAAGUCAACUGAAAGAAGAAGUGAUGUCACUUAAGCGUCUCUUACAGCAAAGAGACCAGACUAUUUUAGAAAAAGAUAAAAAGUUAACUGAACUAAAGGCAGACUUUCAAUACCAAGAGUCAAAUUUGAGAACAAAGAUGAAUAGUAUGGAAAAAGCUCACAAGGAAACUGUGGAACAACUCCAGGCCAAAAACAGAGAACUACUCAAGCAGGUUGCAGCAUUGUCAAAGGGUAAAAAGUUUGACAAAAGUGGAAGUAUACUAACAUCUCCUUGA